CUUUCGCUUUACCUUCCCUCAACAAUCUCUGUUUCUCCUCAUCUUCAUAGUCAUAUAAAAUCCAUUUCCCUCCCAUACAAAACCGCAAUAUUCAACUUGAUGAUUGAGGAACUACCCCGCAACCCCACAUCUCGACCCCUCACAUAAAAGAAAAUGGCGACAGAAACACAAACGAAACAGCCAACGAAGGAAACUUUUCAUUUCAUCAAUGAUCCUGCGGACGCGAUUAAUGAAGCGGCUAUUGGCUUAACGGAACACAAUCCAACCCUUUCUUAUGAGGUUGCACAUAAGAUUGUGUAUCGGAGUGAUUUGGAGAGCUUUCGGAGAGAUCAUGUAACAACAAUUGGGUUUGCUGGAGGUGGACACGAACCUAUGUUUUCCGGCUUUGUCGGGCCAUCCUUCCUCUCCUGUUCUGUCUCUGGAAACAUAUUCGCUUCUCCAACUGCUGCUCAAAUCUUCCGCGCCAUCCAGGUCUGCCAACCCACUCCAGGCUCUUCUCCAGGUACUUUGAUCGUCUGCGGAAACUACACAGGUGAUAUCCUGAAUGCCGGAUUAGCCAUAACACGCGCCACGGCAGCAGGAUAUAAAGUCCGCUUCAUUCCAAUCGGAGACGAUGUUGCUGUCGGUAGGAAGAAAGGUGGGAAGGUAGGGAGGAGAGGAUUGAGUGGUCAUGUAGUAGGAUUAAAAAUCGUGUGUGCAUUGGCUGACAGAGGAGAGAGUCUUGAGAGAGUUGGUGAUGUGAUGGACUAUAUUGCUGGGAAUUCGGGCACUAUUGCUGUUGCUUUUGAUCGAGUAGCACUCCCGAACAACAUCAUAACAGAAAUCCAGACCCUCCCUCCCUCAACCAUCGAACUCGGUCUGGGCUGCCACGGCGAACCAGGUCUCCGCCAAAUAUCACCCGUUCCCAGCCCGGAAGCUUUGAUCAAAGAAAUGAUUGCGCUCUUAACAGACACAUCUGACUCCGACCGGGCAUUCAUCCCUUUCAACAAAGGCGGAAAAGAGGAAGUUGUUCUGCUAGUCAAUAGUUCAGGGAGUACUUCGGAUGAGGUACUAGCUAGAUUUGCUGAGUUAGCUAUUGAGGAGUUGAAAAGUCAGGGUAUUGAGGUUGUGAGGUUGACAUUGGGGCCAAUGGUAACAAGUUUGAAGCAGAGUGGGUUCGGGUUUACGGUUUGGAGGCUGCCAGGUGAGGGGGAGAAGGGCCCACUGAGUAGGGAGGAGGCAUUGAGGUGCUGGGAUAGGAAGGUUGAGACUGCUGCUUGGAGGCAAUAAAAGGGUUUGAGAAGGGAAGUGAUGUAAUAGUCAUGUCUGCAUAGCAAUCGAGU